AUGCGAACGGACCUGAGCCUGAUAUCACUGACCAACAACACGCGAUACGUCUCCCAGUCGGCCGUGGACGGCAUCGGGUCCUACUUUGGGAGCACAUUCGCCAGCGACCUUCAAGUAUUCGUCAUGCCCGACGACAAUACAACUGAGUGGCAGCUGAACGGGUACUAUAUGACCAGCGGCCAGGUCCAGUACACCCCGAGCACAACGCAGGUGCUAUACCCGACCGAGGACCUGAACAACACUUUCACCAGCCUGGCCACCAGCAUGAGCAACGCGCUCCGCGACGGCUCGGACGCGACGUUCAACGGGGCCGACAGGGAGCUCACCGGCGAGAAGGGGGUCCUCACGACCUUCUACGAGAUCCAGUGGCCGUGGCUGUCACUUCACUGCGCCAGCGUCGUGCUGGGCGUCUUGUUCUUCGUACUCACGCUCGUCCGGAACCGGUCGGCCCCGGCGCGGAAGUCGAGCAGCCUGGCUGUGAUGGCCCGGGGCCACCAGGUGCAGGAUGUCGUCCAUGGGGCGGAGUACGUGAAGCAGAUGGAGGGAAGGGCGAAGACCAUGAGGGUCACGUUGAUUGAGAAGUCGAUGCGGACUGAUCAAGUGGAGUAUGAUCCUUUGCAGACUCCGUACGGCGAGGUCACGCACGUUACUCGCUGA